UUUGAAAGGAAGUUGAUGUUGACUUUCGCGCUGACUGUACGCAACUCGGACUCGCAUGAGAUAUUUUAUUAUUUGUAGAUGUAUACCUAGGUAGUUAUUGACAGAGAAGAGCAUAUGUUCGGGGGUUCGUUUCAUAGCUCGUAGUGUAUUAUAACAUGUGGACACUGAACCCUUUAGAAUCCGGAGGUGUCACCCACUACCUCCUGCCAGAGAAGGAGUAUGUGGUGGGGCGUAAGAACUGUGAGGUCAUCCUGCCCAAUGACCAGUCCAUCAGCCGGGCUCAUGCUCACCUCACUGCUACAGAUCAGGCCCUGACCCUGAAGGACAGUUCUAAGUAUGGCACGUUUGUUAAUGAGGAGCGUCUGUCAGGGGACACCCCUCGCAGCCUGACGGCAGGGGACAGAGUGACAUUUGGGGUCUUUCACAGCAAAUUCAGUGUGCAGCAGGUAACUGUGGUGGUGUGCUCGUCCUGUGUUGAUAAUGAAGGGAAGGUCUCUCUGUCUCAGACCCUGCAGCUUCUGGGUGGCCGGCUGACCAACACCUGGACACAAGACUGCACUCACCUGGUCAUGCCCACUGUUAAAGUCACCAUCAAGACUAUCUGUGCGUUGUUGUGCUGUCGGCCCAUAGUCAAGCAGGAGUUUUUCACUGAGCUCACCGAAGCCCUGCAACAGAAACAACCACCUCCAAAAGCUGAGAGUUUCUUCCCAGAGAUAGACGAGCCCAGUCUGAAUAAGGAUGAGGUGGACCUGACAGAGAGGCCAGAACGUAAAGAACUUUUCACUGGCAAGACCUUCCUCUUCCUCAAUGCCAAACAGCAAAAGCGUCUGAGUUUGGCAGUGAGUUGUGGAGGUGGGAGGAGCCAGCUCUUGGAGGAGGGAUCUGUCCCUGUGUCACUCCUGGAAUCACCAUUGAGCUGUGUGAUCGGCAUGGCAACGGGAAACUCCCAAGCACUACUGCCCCAUUCCACUAAGAAGUGGGCAGACUCUGUGGGGAGGAUUCUACAGAGGAAAGGUCUUCGAUUCAUCACAGAGUCUGAGAUCGGAUUGGCUGCCAUCUAUGUCAGCUGUGACAAGUACUGCAAUCCCUCCAAUCAGAAGGCUGACUCAGAAUCCAUGAGAAAGAAACCCACCAUCCCUGGCGCCACGCUAUCCCAGAAUGCACCAGUGGACGAGACGGUAAUGCCAGCGGCAUCUCGGAACAUCACAGCCUAUGCUGUAAACACAGAGCCGUCACAGGGCAUCAGUGGGGUGGAGGUGGCUGGGGUGAGCGCAGUUGGAGAGACCCCCGAGAGGGACCAGAGCCGGACCACCUCUCAUCUUAACCGACCCAAACCCUCAGGCCGAGAGCUGGCCGGGACCUGCACAGUGGCAGAGACUAUGAUGUCAUCAUUCAGCGCCUCAGACAGUGCUGGCGGUGGCGGCUCGGACAGAAAAAAGGAAGAGCUACAACAUCCAGGUGGAGGGAAAGGUGAUGCUAUCACCAGAUUACUGGCCACAGCCCCUCGGACCAACGGAGGAGUGCAGACGAUGUCCCCACAGAAGUGCUCCUCCCAGAAACAACAGGUCUCCCAGAAAUGUUCCCCCCAGAAACAGUCUUCCCUCACUAAUUUCUUCCACCCUGUUGGCAAGAAAAGACCUAGGGAAGGCGAGGAAUCCCCUACUGUCCAAUCAGAGGCCAAGUUCUCCAGGAGGGAAGAAGAGAAGGAGAAGAUGAAAAGGACAGUACCACAGCACUCAGAGACCUCCAACCCCACACACACCCCCACAGGCAGGUCCCAGGGCCAACACAGCUCAGGUGCACAUCUGUUUCCAGGUCAGACUGAGGCUCUGUCAGAGGGGUUCUCCAACCCUGCCCAGCAGGGGCUCCAAUCCAGGAAGAGGAAGGAGAUGGAGGAGGAGACUAAAGGGAGUGGGGCUUUAGAGAUAGAGAUGGACGAACUGGAGUCCAUCAUGUCUGAGGACAUGGACGAAUCGGAUGAGCCCAUGUCAGCCAGUCAAGGCCAUCGGUUGAAGCUGACGGAACAGAGUUCAACCAAUCAAGGCCAGAUGUCUCAACUGACAGACAAGAGCUCAACCAAUAGAAAACAGCUCCUAGAGACAGUGGAACUUACCUCUGCCAAUAAGAAACAGCGGGUUUAUCCAGUGGAACCAAUCGCAGCCAAUCAUAGGUCAGGCUUGGAUUCAGAAGAGCGAUCGUCAGCCAGCAGACAACAGCGAGUGGAGCCUGUAGCUGAGGUCAAAGACGAAGGGGUGUCUUUCAUUGAGUCAAAACCAGUUAAUGGUGUGACCCCUGGUCAUCUGGAAGAGCCAGAGACUGAUGUCAAACAGGAAGCCUCAGGUUUAGGGAGUGAGAAUCUCCCCAGCAGACUUAUAGUGGUGGAGUUCAAAUGCCUCACCGUGGCAACACCGGCAAGACCUAAACCACGCCCCAUUGAGACGCAUGGCAAUGUCAACAGGAAGGACUUUAAACGCUUCUGCAAGGUCCCAGUUCCCGGUGCCCAGGGUUUGCCCAACAUCAUCGGCGGGUCAGACCUGUUGGCCCACAACCGAGGCAAGAACUCUGAGCUGGAGGAGUGGCUGAGAGACGCAGCAGAGGAUGAGCGUCAGAACAAGAAAGAGGAGACUUUGGGAGAUGACCUCUUCAGCCCCCCAGGUAGAAAAAGUCAGCCACUCCGUCUGCAGUCUGCAGUGGAGCAGAAGGGUUGGAGCACCCAGCUUACACAAACAUCACAUUCCCAGGGGGCAUUGCUCCGUGUUCAAGGACGUCACUACCAGACACAAGACAACAGCGCCCUACAGGCUGACGCACACACAGCUGCCUGCCCACACGAUGACUGGCUGUCUGCUGAGCUCUUCACUACUCCACACUCAUUCAUCUAUUCAUUCCCUUAACCCCCAUUCAGAAACACAAGACAACAUUGACUGCCCAGCAACAUAGCCUUGGUUGUAGCUGUAGUCCAACCAACAUGGCUGAUCUCAGGUUUUGAUCCCAGCUAAACAAUGAUUCACAUUAGAUAGAGCUGUAUUAGCUGGUCCCCUGCAUACGUACAAUACACAUCAACACCAUUUUUGGAAUCGCCUGUCAAAUAGUCAUCUGAAAAAGACCGUUUAGACCAAGACCCACAGAACAGAGAGAAACAUUCCUGUUGUGAGUGGGUGGAUCUUCGUUUGGGACGGGUUGGGCUUGUUGUCACUGACCAAUCAGCGCCCAGUGAUUCCUGCGUCACACCUGGUUGUCUGGGUGCUGGUGAUGUAAGCACACGCUAGGGCUGCUGCAUUUUGCCUGGCUAAGCAGAAAGGGUGUGUGCAUGCCUGCCUGGAGCGAGACUGUGCUGUUUGAUCAUUGAGUCAUGAUGCCCAUUCAGUCAUGCAUGGCCAGAGGACAGCGCCGGCUACUAAGAAAACAAGCCACGGUUUUAUGUUUUUGGUUCUGGCCCGAACCCGUCUCCCAGACUUAGUUUAUUGGGAGGAUGUUUGGUUUGAGUUCUUCAAACAAGGCCAGAGGUUUACAGAGCUGGCUUAAUUUGGGCUAUUUUUAAUAUUUGUCCAAAAUGCAUCCAGGAUUGAUCUAGCAGGAAUGUUAAAAGCCUGAGUGUUUAAGUGGGAUGUCUGGAUGGCCACUGCCCUGACUUAACCUGUGUGUGUGUGUGUGUGUGUGUGUGUGUGUGUGUGUGUGUGUGUGUGUGUGUGUGUGUGUGUGUGUGUGUGUGUGUGUGUGUGUGUGUGUGUGUGUGUGUGUGU